GGAUUCCUGCACCGAAAAAAAAGUAGAAUCAAAAGCUCCAGUUAGUGGUAUUGUUGGAGGUAUAUUGGCCGGCUUAACAGCUGUAGCUGUUGCUGUCGUUGUCUUUUUUGUGAUUAGGAGAAUAAAAAUUAACGAAGGAACACCUGCCAAAGACUUAUCUAAUAAACCGCCAUUAAGAUCAACACGCCAGGCCGAUGAAUUCAAAUUAAGGAAUAAUGGUUCCGACAGUCCUAGGAAUUCUAACAAAGGGCCUAUGCACAGUAGCGAUUACUACUGUUUUAACGACAGCGCUCCAGGAAUCAAAAUUCAUGAGCUGUGGAGUUACAUCAGAGAAAAAAUGAAAAAUGGUCGAAAACAACUAUACGAAGAAUUUGCGACAUUGCCAACCGGACUUGUCCAUAAACAUGAGGUCGCAGCUCAGGAAAGGUACAAGGGCAAAAACAGAUACAAGGAAAUGUAUGCAUAUGAUCAUUCGCGGGUACUACUUCAAAAAUCAAAGUCAGACGAUCCAGACUAUAUUAAUGCUUGCUUCAUAAAUGGAUACGAGAAAGUAAACAAAUUUAUCGCAUCUCAAGGUCCGACAAAGAACAUGAUUGACGACUUUUGGAGAAUGGUUUGGCAGCAGAAAGCUGACAGAAUCGUAAUGCUAACAAACCUUGUAGAAAUGGCAUCGAUAAAAUGUAUUCAGUACUGGCCCGAGAAAGGUGACACGUGCUCAUAUGGCGGGAUUGACGUGUCCUACAUCGACAUAAAGGAAUUCACAGACUACAAUAUACGGACAUUGGAAGUAGUGAAGACUGGCAGUAAACCACGCCGAGUUCGCCAAUUCCAUUUUAAAACCUGGUUUGAUAAAGACGUUCCAGACAGUGCUUGGUGUCUCUUUGACUUCUGGAAAGCUGUUGACACGAAAAGUUCAGCAAAUGAAUCACCGAUUGUUGUGCACUGCAGUGCUGGAGUUGGUCGAACCGGAACAUUCAUCGCCCUUGAUAACCUUAUACACCAGGCAAAAGCAGAGAAGUGCGUUCGUCCUCUACAAAUGGUGCAGACACUGCGCAGGCAGAGGGUGAACAUGGUACAAACGAAGGAACAGUACGUGUAUCUCCACGAGGCUGUAGCAGAAGCUUUAUUGUUUGGCACACACCACGUGGACUCCAAAGAGUUUGAAAGUUUCUACAUGCACAUGGUCAACAAAGAAACCGGAUCGCCGAAAACAAGAGUUGAAGAACAAUUUGAUCUGAUUGAAAAGGGAAUCACAAAGAAGCCGAUCUUGGAAGAUGCUCAUGAGUACGGAAACAUAGAAUCCUUGCGCUCUGAAAAUGCAUACGUCCCUAAGAUGAACAAGAGGGGAUCUAACUUUAUCCCUAAACUUGGAACUAUUUUCUUACCGAAUUACGAGAACAAGAACGCGUUUCUGGUAAGCAUGUCCCCGACAAAACAAACACUAGAGGAGUUCUGGUCACUGAUUGAUGAAGAACACAUCACCACCGUCAUCAUGCUGACGUCACAAUCACAUGCCGCGUACAAGACAUGUCAGUUCCUUGGAAGCAGGGACAACAAACAAAUCGGGAAAUUUAUAGUCAACUGUAUUUAUGAGAAGAUGAACAAAACUUUCCAAGAAAAGUGUUUCUCAUUCAAGGAUGUAAACAAUGAAGACGAAGAUUACCUGACGACAAUACGACAGUUUGAGUUUUUGGCGUGGCGGGAAGGCGAGGACACACCAACAUCGGUACAGCCAAUGUUAGAUAUGCUUGAGGCAGUCAACAAGUGGCAGCCCCACCUCAGCAAGAAUAGGCCUGUCUUCAUACAUUGCGAUUCGGGAUUUCAUCGCUGUGGGGUAGUAGCUGUACUUCUAAAUGAACUUCAUCGUGUUCAAGACAACAAGGACCAGAUCAAUAUCCUGGACAGCGUGAUGACCAUGAAACAAAGGAACAAAGGGAUUGUGCAGAACCCGACCCAACUUAGAUACAUCUACGACGUCAUGCAAGAAUAUAUAAAACAGAUGGAUGUCUAUCAAAAUCUGUAGGUCAAGACUAUAUAGUGAACGCAAAUUUACAUACUUUGUUACCAUUUAAUCUGUGCAAAUA